GGUGUCCUUCACUCAGCAAGGUCUGCAGGUCCAUCUACAUCGCAGUGUGAAUCAUGACUUCAUGCACAUUUUGGAGCAUUGCUGGUUGGGGAAAGGGUUCUCUGAGAGGUGAGAAUCCAGGGUCAGGAGCUGGGGUCCAGGGCGCUCUAAGGCUGGUGUUUGGGAAACAGGGCGUCUAGCAUCUUCUCAGCCCCCAACACACAGUAGGCAAUUCCUGGAGACUCGCUGAAUGAAGGAACUCAGGCCUCGAGGAUGCUGGACUCCCUUUCAGGUCCAGAGAGGGCUGGAGACCCCGCCCACACAGUCGCCAGCAGCUCACGGAGCUACUAUGGGGUUUCCAGGCCUGGUGGGUUUGUGGUGGAGGGAGGCCCCAGCCUCCGAGCUGACUUCCUGGGUUUUUCUUUCGCUUUGACUUGCAGCAGGAGGGGCUGUCACACCUUACAUUUUUUUGUCUUCUUUCUUGCUCAGCUUUGAUGCGUUCCAGGGCGGGGAAGAGGUGCCUGGGGCCUCACCGGCAGUGUGAGAGCUUGCCUGGACUGCAGGCUCCGCGUGGACCUGAUGGGGUGGCUGGUGGCCAAGCUGGUCCUCCCCGUCCUCCUCCUCCUCUUCCCCAGGCAGAGCGCCGGAGCCUGCGGAGCCAGUGAGUGCUGUUUUCAGGACCCGCCAUACUCGCACACAGACUCAGGCUCGGCCUUGGGCCCCCGGGACCUGAGCUGCUACCGGAUACUCAGCACAGGCAGCUAUGAGUGUUCCUGGCGGUACGAGGGCCCUGCAACCGGGGUCAGCCACUUCCUGAGGUGUUGCCUUAGCCCUGGGCGCUGCUGCUACUUCGCUGUGGGCUCAGCCACCAGACUGCAGUUCUCUGAUCAGGACGGUGUGCCUGUGCUCCACGACAUCACUCUCUGGGUGGAGUCCCAGGUCGCGAACAGAACGGAGAAGUCGCCUGAGAUUUCCCUGCUGCUCUACAGCUUCGUUAAAUACGACCCUCCUCCUAAAGACAUCAAGGUGUCCAGGACAGCAGGGCAGGUGCUCAUGGAGUGGAAAACCCCAGAUGGCCAGGAUAAUGCUGAUGUGCAGUUCCGACACCGGACGCCCGGCAGCCCCUGGAAGUUGGGCCACUGUGGACUUCAGGAUGAUACUGGCUUAGAGUCUUGCCGCUGCCCCCUGGAGAAGGAUGCUGCCCAGGAAUUUCAGCUGCGGCGGCAGCGGUGGCUCAGGUCUCAGGCCCCAGGAGGUCCCUGGAGCAGCUGGAGCAGCUCUGUGUGUGUCCCUGCUGAAACCCCCCCGAAGCUUGAGCUGAAUUGCUCGGUGGAGCUGCUCCAGCCAGACGGAAGGAGGCAGCUGACCCUGCAGGGGCAGCAGCCACCGCAGCUGGAGCUUCCAGAAGGCUGCCACAGAACCACACCUGGUGUGGAGGCGACAUAUAGCAUCCACCUGCACAUGCUGUCUUGCCCAUGCCAGGCCAGGGCCACCAAGACUCUGCCCCUGAGGAAAAUGCUCAGACUCUCAGGAGCUGCAUACAAUGUGACUGUCAUUUCUCAGAAUCGCUUUGGCCCUGGCCUCAACCAGACAUGUCUCAUUACUGCUGACAACCACACAGAACCCAGGACUCUGAAUAUCAGUGUUGGAGCCAAGGGGACCACAAUGCACUGGGCAGGCCGGGUCGAGGCCACGACGUACUGCAUUGAGUGGCAGCCCCAUGACCAGGACAAGAGCCGUGCCACCUGCACCGUGACGGCACCCCAAGCCCUGGACCAGGCUGGAAUGGUGACCCACAGCUGGAACCCAGCAUCGGGGGCAAUGGAGCAGGAGGGGUGUUAUCGAGUCACUAUUUUCGCCUCCACGCGCCCAAAGAAGCCCACCUCAUGGUCCACGGUCCUGUCCACCUACCACUUUUGGGGCAAUGCCUCGCGGGCCGGGACCCCACAGUUCGUCUCGGUGAAGAAUCAUAGCGCGGACUCGGUGUCAGUGCACUGGGCAGAGUCACCGCUGAGCUCCUGCCCCGGCGUCCUGAAGGGGCAUGUCGUGCGCUUCUGGGAUGAGGACAGCAGCCAGGUGUCAGAGUAUGAGGUGAAUGCCACAGAGACCCAGGUCACCCUUCGUGGCCUGCGUCCUGGUGUGACCUACACCGUGCAGAUCCGAGCAGACACUGCAGCAGAGCAAGGUGCUUGGAGCAAGCCACAGCAGUUCAGCACUGAAGUUCAGGUUUCACAUUUGAUCAUCUUCCUGGUGUCGCUGGGCAGCUUCGUGAGCAUCCUCGUCCUGGGUAUCCUCGGGUACUUCAGCCUGAACAGGGCUGCACAGUGCCUGUGCCCACCUCUGCCCACACCCUGUGCCAGCUCCGCUGUCGAGUUCCCUGGCAGCCAAGGGAAACAGGUUUGGCAGUGGACCAAGCCUGAGGGCUUCCCGGAAGAGGCGCCCCCGCAGGAAGCCCUGGUGGUGGAGACAUUCUGGGAUAAAGGCGAGGGGCCUGGACUGGACUCAGCAGGGUCUCUCGAGGAGACGCAGCUAGCCCCCGAGGACCAGGCUGAGGCUCUGAGGCCUGGCAGGCAGGACGGUCUGGCAGAGGGACACCCACUGCUCUCGGGAGACCUAAUGCAGAGUCCCAGGCUCGGGACCCUCAGCACAUUAAGGCCUGAGGGACAGGAAUACUAAUAACCUCGCCUUACAGACAGCAGGAUGCACGGACAGAUGAUCACAGUCAUGAAGGCCGGUUAAUAAGCGCAUACUGCAUGUCCGGCCCCGAUCCACCCAGACACUCUCACUGUUCUCUGAAUCCUGCAACCGCCCAGUGAGCGGUACUGGCUAUCCUAUUUUACAGAUGGGACCACUGAGGCUCAGGGAGAGAGACUGACUUUCCUGAGGCCACACAGCCAGAGCAGGAGUCAAACCCGGGCCGACUGACCGGAGCCCCCUCAAGAGGCUCAGGCACCCCCACCCCUCGGGCCUGCUCGGGGUGCGGCCCCUAUUGCGACACAUCCUGGGGCAGGAAAGCCUAGAUACCGCCCUAAAACGGAAGCUAUCACGAGGGGCCAGGCCCGACAUCCGGGGGCGGGGACGGGGCAGUCAUUGGUCCGCGUCGAGGCGGAAUAAGCCAAGGGAGUGCUGCAUGUUCAGCGUGGCAGGCAAAGCCGGGCUCCUGAGCACUGGAACGGGAGUCCAGGCUCAGGGCUCCCACCGCACUGCGCGAUCUUGAGCUUCAAAGGAUCCAGCUGUGGGCAAUAAGAGGACUGUGCACUCCCUGGGGGAAGCGAUGGACCCUCCACUGCCUCAGUCUCCUCCUUGGUGAAAUGGGGGUAACAGCGCAAUAGAGUCCUCCCUAACAUAUCUACACUCUGGCUGAACCGUGAAUAUCCUGCUCAAAAAAAACAAAUAGGAGCUGAGGAUCUAUUCAUUCAUUAUUCAUUUCUUCAUUCCACAGACAUGCAUCUCCCUUCUGGGCGCAGCCGAGCAGCCCUUAGGCUGGGGGAGGCAGAGCAGGACACCCUCCUGCAGAGCCCUUUACACACCCCGCGUCCAUCCACUUCCCUGUCGCCGACCGCGUGACCUCGCCCCUUGGCCUCCUGCCUCCACUGCUUCUGUCCCUGACAGUCCCCAUGGGUCCCCCGGCGGCCACUGGGGUCCCCUAAAACCUCGUGGUACACGUGUGGUCUCCGAUAACCCUCGUGGCCACCAGGUGGCAACAGCUGAUUUUGUCUUCCUAGCGGAGUAGCCCCGCCCCCUCCAUCUACUAGGAGUUUGCAGAAGACUUCUCUGGCUCCAAACUGUUAGCCUUCGUCGGUCACAAGCGACUCUAUGCGCAAUGAAACUAAAUGCUGCCCAGUUUGGGAUCGCAUGUUGUGAUCCAUAGGGUUUUCAUUGGCUGAUUUUCAGAAGUUGAUUGCCAGACCUUUCUUCCUAGUCUGUAGUGGUCUGGAAGCCUCACUGAAAUCUGUUCACUAUCCGAGCAACGUGCAAGCCACCACUGACUGAUGGCUGGUGGCUGUGCCUGAGGUACAUUGGCGGACAUUGAACCCAGGCUGGGGGGAUUAGCCAACAGUUUUACCAGAUCAGCGGUAGGAAACAACUUCACAUUUUUUCACCACAUCAAACUUCUGCUUCUAGCUAUGGCUGGCAUCUGUCUCUCUCCCAACCCCACAGCACCUUCCUACAGAAUCAAAGCCUCUUUUCAAAUUUGCAAUCCCUAAGGAGCGGAUCACCCAGUCAGCAAGGUAAACGCAGGAUGUGAAAUUGUUCAGUACAGAUUUGAAAGUAAGCACGAGUAAACCCGUUGGGAGAAGAGAAGGCCGGGAGGGCUAGGAGGUGAAGGGCCCAGGCCUCUUAUCUCUUGGGGCCUCAGUUUCCCCAGGCCCUGGUGCUCCAGCUGCGUGUGGCUGCUCGCUGUUCUAAAAAUGCUCUCCCUGGACUUACUGCCUCCUGGCUUUUGCUCAGGCCUCGCCAUCCUCCAAACAAACCUUUCCUGAGGGUCCUCCUCUUCCCUCUAUAGGCCUAAAUCUGGCCUGAGGAGAAGGUGGACAGGGGUGGGCCAAGUGGUCAGAGAGGAGGGUCACACAGCUAAAUGUGACCCUUGGGGCUUGAAGCUACACUCGCAUGCCCAGACCCCAUAUCCACCCAUCAGCAGAUCACCAGGCAGCUAAAUCACCCCUGCUCAGCUGUUUCAGUCCCAGGCCUGCCCAGUGGUGCAGAACCCCACUUGGGAACUUCCCCAAAGUUGAUCAAGCCCCAUCCCUCCCAGCCAAAGCACCAGGGCCCAAAGAGGGGGAAAGCAGGCGCUGUGGAGUGGAUUCUGACUCGUGGCGACCCCAUGUGUGUCAGAGUAGAACUGUGCUCCACAGGGUUUUCAGUGGCUGAUCUUGCAGAAGUAGAUCGCCAGGCCUUUCUUCUGAGGCACCUCUGGGUGGACUUGAACUGCCAACCCUGUGGUUAGCAGUUCAGCACAAUAACUGUUUGCACCACCCAGGGACUCCAAAGGGGAGACAGGCAACGGUUAUUGGGCACCCACUGGGAUUUUAGCUCCAGGUAAUGUAAAAAAUGGAAACCCUGCUUCCACCAAGGGGAAGGCUGAGCUAGGUGGAAGGAGUUCUGGAGCACCAGGAGCCUCUUUUCCACCAUGGGGUGGGAGCUCCCUGGGACAGAAAUCUGCAGGAUGGACAACAGCAUAGAGGAUGGAGCCUUAGUGCCUGGAUCCAGCCAUGCCUGAAAGCUAUCACCCUGGGAUUUUCCAUCAGGUUCCCUUUGGAAAUGACUCUGGACGUCUGCCUGCCCAUCUGUAAAAUGGAAAUGGGUUCAGAGCACUGUUUUUUGUUUUUUUGUUAAACUUCAUUUCUCUUAUGGCUGAACAAUAUUCCAUUGUAUGGAUGGACCAUUCUUAUGAAUGCUAACUCACUCACCUGUUGAUGAAUAUUUGGGUUGCUUCCACCUUUUGGCUGUUGUGAAACUGCUCCAGUGAACACGGGCGAACAGGUUUCUAUGUGGAUGUAUGUUUUCAUUUCUCUCGGAUAUACACCUAGGAGGAGCCGUGGUGGUGAAAUGGUAAGCGCUCAGUGGCUCAUCGCAAGGUCAGCAGUUCAAACCUACCCUCUGUGGAAGAAAAAUGUGGCAGCGUGCUCCCAUAAAGAUUACAGCCUUGGAAACUCUAUGGGGCAGCUCUACUCCGUCCAACAGGGUUGCUAUAAGUUGGAAUUGACUCGACAGUAGUGGGUUUAUUUUUGUUUUGUUUUGUUUUAUAUACCUGGGAGUGAAAUUGCCGGGUCAUAUGGUAAUUCUAUGUUUAACCAUGUGAGGAACCACCAGACUGUUUUCCACAGCGGCUGCACCAUUUUACGUUCCUACCAGCAAGGCACAAGGAUUUCAGUUUCACCAUAUCCCCACCAACACUUGUUCCUUUUUUUAAAAAAAUUGUAGCCAUUCUAGUAGGUGUGAGGAGGGUCCCUGGGUGGUGUAAAUGGUCGACAAUUGACUACUAACCUGAAGGUUGGUGGUUUGAACCCACCCAAUAGUGAUGCGAAAGAAAGGCCUGGCAGUCUGUUCCCAUAAAGAUUACAGCCAAGAGAAUGCAAUGGGGUAGUUCUACUCUGUAACACAUGUGGUUGCCAUGAAUCCAAAUCGGCUCCACAGCAAAGGGUCUGGUUUUUGGUUAGUGGGUGUGAAGUGGUAUCUCAUUGUGGUUUUGAUUUGCAUUUUCCUGAUGGCUAAUGAUGUUGAACAUCUUUUUUUUUUUUUCUUAAACAUGUUUUCAUGAGCUUGUUGGUCAUUUGCAUAACUUCUUUGGAGAAAUGUCUAUUCCGAUCCUUUGCCCAUUUUUAGUUGGAUUGUUUGUCUUUUUAUCAUUGAGUUAUACAGCCUCCAUCAAUGUUUAAUAACAGAAGGAAACCUUGGCUGGGGAGGUGGGACACUCCCCCUGGCCUCUCUUGCCCCACCCCAGCCAGCCCCGGCCUGGUGGGGAGGGUAGGGUCUCUCUUUCCAGGUGGGGAAACUGAGGCACAGAGGCAGAGCCUGCCUGGUACCCCGUGGUCCGGGUCACGGCCAAAGUUACACCUGGUCCCCCACUCCCACCCGCCACCACCUAGCCCUAUCCAGUCCUUCUCCAUCUGCACCUCGCCUCACCACCUCAUCCCCACCUCACACACACACACACACACACACACACACACACACACACACUGCUCUUCACCCCUGAGCUGCUGGUGGCUUGUGGAGCUGACCCUGCCCGGCGGGAACCGCCUGCUCCGGCACACAGCGGCUACUGCCAGAGCUAAAACGCCAAGCAGGAAGGAAAACAUACGCCGGGUGGCUAGGGGCGGCUCCUCCUCCACGGACAGUCCCCGUGGGCCUGCGGGCGGGGCUGGGCCAUGACUCACGGAGGCGAAUGUCUCUCAGACUCUGUCCGAGUCCGUCUCUGCCUCCAAUCAGGCUGUGCCUCGGUUUCCCCAGCGGUGAAAUGGGUGUAGUAAACCCCUCCUUCCCGAACUAAGCAAUGAGGGGGCCGGAGGCGCUAAGAUCACCCCCGGUAAUAGCAACGUCACAGAGAGGAGGGCUCCACGCAGGGACUUGUGGCCUCGGUUCCUCUUCUCCACCACCCGCCCCCCCCUCCCGGCUCCCCUCUCGCCAGGCUGAGUCCUGCACCCCCAGCUUCCCCCAUUUGCUGCGUGGGGGGCCUGUGUCUCCCCGCCUUUCAAGUUUCUGGCUCCCUCUCUUUGUCUCCCUGUCCCUCAUUCUGUUUUUUCCUAUCUCUCUGUGUCUGACUCAUCUGUUAAAGAAAAUACCUCCCCCCUUAAACUUAACUCUUAACCCUUCAGAAACUAAAAACUCGGUGAUAGAGACGUGCUGGGAAAAGUUUAAACAAUGAAAUGAACCAUUUUUUUAGAUUAUAGAAUGCAGUCGGGUCAGGCUUAAUAAACCAAUCCAAACCGCCUCCUGCAGAUUAAAUGAAUGACAACCAAAAACAAAAAACAAAAAAACCAUUGUGCUCCAGUGGAUUCCGACUCAUAGCUGCCUUAUGAGACCGGGUAGAACUGCCCUAUAGGAUUUCCAAGGAGGCCUGGUGGAUUUGAACUGCCGACCUUUUAGUAGCAGCCAUAGCUCUUAACCACUACGCCCCCAAGGUUUUCCAAUGACAACCAAUGAUUUUAUAUUUCCUUUUUGGGAAGUCCCCUGUGCAGUUGGUACUGCAUAGAAGCUGAUCAAGAUUGUAAUGGGAUGGACUUCUCUCUCCCCUCUCUGGAGGGCUGCUCCCUGUUCUGUGCCCGAUGAAACCUUUGAACUCUAAUUGACUUAGUGAUCAGGUUUUUCUCUUUUGACACAUCUCUUCCUGAAUCUGUCUUUUCCCUUUCCAUCUCUCACUGUCUCUUCCAGUCUAUCUGUCUGUCUUUUGGUCUCUCUCCAUCUCUCAUGGUGUCUCUCCAAAUCUCUUUCCAUCUCUCCCUGUGUUUCUAUCUCUUUCUGUCUCUCUCAGCCUGUCUCUCCCUCAAGCCUGCCCUAGAAUCUCCCAGGCCCAGCCUGCACCAGCUGGGUCAGCCCAGGUCUGGCCAGUGUCCCCCAACAAGCCAGAUCCUAAUCUGUCCGCCGGCCCUGCCUUGGCCUCCACCCUGCCCCCCCAGCAGGUCCCCUCGGCCCCUCACGUGCUGCUGGGACAACAACCCACAUCAUUUAGGAGUCCUUCUCUAACCCUCAAGCCCGCAGUUCAACACCCACAACUCUGAGACUCAAGACUCCCUCCCCAUUUCUGUGAUGGGGAAACCUACGAUUUGUCCAGGGCCCCAGCACCGAGCAUCCCUGAGGUGCCUUUCAGAUGGUCCCAGAUCAUCAGGGCGGGCUGAGUGGGACACCCCACCUCCUGAGCUGGUUUUCCAGAGGGCCAGCUAGUCUGGCCAGGGGCCCAGACCACUCUCCUCCCAGCCACACUGUCGGCUGCUUGUGCUAGUGGGAAUGGGGGCAUUGGAGGCAGGGCCUUGGGUCCGGUGAGACUGGGGGGCACCAAGCUAGGAUUUUGGAACAGGAAUCUUUGCAGCCCCCCUACCUCCCAUCACCCACGGGUGGGAAUGGGGGUGGGGAGCCCCAAGAUCUGGGCCUAACACUUCCUUCUUCUGGAAGUCCCCCACUCCCCUAGCCUCAGAGGACCCUAGCCCUGGGUACCUCCUUCCAGCCCAGCCCUUAACCUUAUGAGCUUGGGGGUCUGUGUCAAACAUGGACCCCCAAGUUGGGGCCUCUUAGGUUUCAGUCAUUGCCCAACGCAAGGGGGGACCCCAGGGGAUGCUGGCAAUGAAUGAAUGAUAUAAACUCCUAUUAUCAUUAGAAAUUUGUUAUUGUUGGUAAUUGCCAACGAGUCGAUUCCGACUAAUGGCGACCCCCAUGUGUGCAGAGUAGAACUGUGCUCCAUAGGGUUUUCAAGGCUAUGACCUUUCAGAAGCAGGUUGCUAGGGCUUUCUUCCUCGGUACCUCUAGGUGGGUUCACACUGCCAGCCUUUCAGCUAGUAGUCGAGCACUUAACCAUUUGCCUUACCAAGGGACUCCCACAGAAAUGGAGAGCCAUCAGAAUCUAAAACCUGGAUUCUUAGCACAACCGGGGGCUCCCCACCCCAGUCCCUGUCUGCAGCCAGAGCUGAACAGCAUCCCAGGGUGGAUGAGAGAUUCGGAGCUCGAUGCCUGGGUUUGAAUCCUGGGUCCGCCCCUCUCAGACAGGCACAACCCCUUCACCUCUCUGAGCCUCAAUUUCCCCUUCUGUACAGUGCAGGGGGGGCGGUACCCACAUCUUGGGGUUGUUGCAGGGGGUGGAUGAAGAUGCAUGGAGCUGGAGAUCAAGGCGGAUCAACUGUGAAUCGAAGGUGGUUGGCGCCUCCUCCCUCUGACAAGGCUGGAAAUUACACAGGUAAAAUCACAGAGAGAGAAUGCAAACAGAAACCUGUAAACCAAUGUUCACUGCAGCACUUUUCACAAGAGCCAAAAGGUGGAAACAACCAAAAUGUCUGCCAGCAGAUGAAUGGCUAAGCGUAAUGUGGUCUAUACACACGCUGGAAUACUACUCAGCCAUGAAGAGAAAUGAAGUCCUGAUGCCUGCCACCACAUGGAUGAACCUUGAAAACGUCAUGCUGAGCGAAAUAAGCCAGUCGUAAAAGGACAAACACUGAAUGAUCUCACAUGAAAUAAGCAAAUAGAUAGAAGCUAAAGAUUAUUAGUGGUUACCAGGGUGGGAAGAGGGGAAAGAGUAUUGUUUAGAGGGCAGUGAAUUUAUGUCAGUGGCGGUAGAAUGAUUUGGGAAAGAAUAGUAAGUAAGAACGGUGGCAUGACUUAGAGAAUAUAAUCAAUGUCACUGAAUUGUACACGUAGAAAUUGUUGAGAUGGCGAACACUUUGAUGUGUAUAUUUUCACCACAAAAAAAUAAAAUAAAAAGAAAAAAAGAUAAGAAGAGGGAAAAAAAAAAUCACAGAGAGAGGCAGGAGAAUGGGGCGGGGCUGAGGAGGAAGAUGUCCUUAGGUCAGGAGAAACUGACAGCCCAGCUCACUCAGGGGCCUGGGACUCCCUCCUGGACCCUGGCUGCCUCUGAGCUUCCCACCCGUUCCUUCCAGCCUCUCCUUUACCCAUCCCCCACCCCAUCCUCCAGCAAAAUGUAUCCCCAAUCCUAUGCCUUGUCACAACCUGGUCCAGCCCACAUCAGCACUCCCUGGUAGUAAUGGAUUGAAUUGUGUCCCCCCAAAAUAUCUGUCAAGUUGGCUAGGCCACGAUUCCCAGUGUUGUGUGAUUGUCCACCAUUUUGUCAUCUGAUAUGAUUUUCCAGUGUGUUGUAAAUUCUGCCUCUAUGAUGUGAAUGAGGUGGGAUUAAAGGCAGUUAUGUUAAUGAGGCAGGACUCAAUUUGCAAGAUUAGAUUUUGUUUAAAUCCAAUCUCUUUUGAGAUAUAAAAGAGAGAAGUGAGCAGGGAAACAGGGGGACCUCAUACCACCAAGAAAGCAAUGCUGGCAGCAAAGCGGGUCCUUUGCAGAGAAGUUCCUCUGCAGAGAAGCUUCUAGACCACGGGAAGAUUGAUGACAAGGACCUUCCUUCAGAGUUGACAGAGAGAAAGCCUUCCCCUGGAGCUGGUGCCCUGAAUUUGGACUUCUAGCCUACUAAACUGUGAGAGAAAAAACUUCUGUUUGUUAAAGUCAUCCAUUUGUGGUAUUUCUGUUGUAGGAGCACUAGAUAACUAAGACACUGGUCCCUUGACUUCCACCCUCAGUCCUCGGACUGUUCCCCCAUAGUAACCUGAAUCAGAACUGUCCCUCCUCUGCAUAGAACUUUCCAUAGCUCCUGCCUACCCAAGAGUAAAAGCCAAAGUCUUCCCAUUGCUGCCUCCAUUAUCACUUCCCUCCUCUCCCCGCAGUGCCCCCUCUGCUCCAACCUCACUGGCCUCCUGGCUGCUCCUGAAACAAGCCAGGCUUGUGCCACCCACCACAGGGACUUUGAACAGACUGUGCCCUCCGCCUGGGACCAUCUUUCCCCUACACACUAUAUGGCUCCCUUCCACCCCCUUCAGUUCUCAGCUCAAACGUCACCGUGCCUCCCACACUCCCUUCCUCCCUCCUACACCACCAAAAGUCUGCAUUUUGUUCUCGGCUGUGUCCCUGCCUCCUGGCGCCUGACCAGGGCUCAAUUAAUGUGCUCACGAACAUGCUGAUGUAAGAGUCGUAUACCAGAGGCCCACUGUGCUCCAGGACCUGGGCUAGGGGCUGGGGACACAGCCAGGGACAAUUCUGACAAAUCCUCGUUCUUGGGGGGCUCAUGGAAUGGGGAGGGUGAGGUAGAUGGACAAUCCACCUAGGGGUACCACAGAAGAAGGGUCUGUUGGUCUGCUUCUGUUAAGGUUACAGCCAAGGAUACUCUAUGGUGCACAGUUCUAUUCCACACACAUGGGGUCGCCCUGAGUCAAAAUUGGCUCUACAUGGCAACUGACAAUGACAACAUAUAACAGAGUCAGGUAGUGAAAAGUACUAUGAAUAAAACGAAAUGUGGGUACAGCACAGAGAGGAUCUGUCCAAUUGGGCAGCCAUGGAGGGCAUCCUGGAAGAGAUGGCAUUGGAGCUGAGGCCUGUGUGAGGGGAGGGGAGGGAGGGAGAGAGGGAGAUGCAGAGCAAAGGCCCUGCAGCAGGAAUGAGCUUGUGUGUUCAUGAGGAGGCUGAGAUGAGGGGUGCUGGACCUCACGAUGCUUUGGGAGCCACAGGGAAGAGGUUAGUCUUUACCUCAAGCACAACGGGGUACCCUGAGAGGGUAUUGAGAGAGGAAAUGGGAUUUGAUUCCUGUCUUCCAAAGAUGCUUUGGCCUCAUGAAGCAGCACUGGCGGCCACGUGACUCUCAGCAGCUCAGAGACAAGGAAACUGAGGCUCAGAGCGGUCGUGACUCUUAUCCAGUUACCCCCAAGUCCAACAACCCCAGCCAGGAGCCUAUGAUCCUCUGCCCAGCACAGUCCCAUUUACAGGUGGGAAACUGAGGCACAGAAUGAGGCUGUCCCUCCCCAAGGUCCUCAGGGAAUGGAGCCUGUUCCCCACUUC